AUGAGACUGCCACCUCCCGAAGUUCUGGUUACAUGGCCGACACCCAACUACGUCGAUCCCCCCACUCGCGGGAAUGGUGCCCUGAUCGUUAAUAUUAUCUGUUUAAGUUUCGCGUUUGUCGUUACGCUUCUUCGUCUCUACACUCGUUUGAAGAUUACGUAUAGUCCUGGUCUUGAUGAUGUUCUGAUCGUGAUUGCCCUGGGCUUUGCCAUUGCGAUGUGUGCAGUCACCUCUCUCGCAACCGUACGAUACGGUUGGAACCGACAUAUGUGGGAUGUCCCACCGACGUGGCUUUCUACUGUCUCAAAACUCAACCUUGUAUUUCAAAUUCUGUUCUCGUUGGCCUCCUCUGUCACCAAACUCUCGCUCCUAUGGUUCUGCAAGCGUCUUCUCGGCGCCGGAAGUAAGGGCCUUUACCGGACCUACAACUGGUGUCUUAUUGGGGGAAUGGCUUUUGUGUCCCUCAGCUGCGCUCUUUUUCUUUUUUUCAGCAUCUUCCAGUGCAAUCCGAUUCAUGCUUAUUGGGAUCUGGCCCCAACUUAUCCAUACAAGUGCUUGAAUGACGGUGCUAUUGUCUUCUCCGCAAGUGUCAUCAAUAUCUUCACCGAUUUCCUGGUCACUGUCCUUCCUAUGCCGUUGAUUUGGAAUUUGAAAUUGCCUACUCGACAAAGAAUUGCCGUAAUUUCCAUCUUCGGCCUGGGUAUUGUGGUCAAUGUAGCAGGCUCGGUUCGCACGGUGUACGUCUGGAAGAGCAUGGUCGCCUCAUACGACACCACAUGGCUGGGCUGGCCGGUCCUGCUCGCCGCCUCUGUUGAGAUCAAUAUGGGCCUGAUCUGUGCAUCUGCUCCGGCAUUGCGACCUCUUGUUGGUUUCUUUCUACCUCGUCUUCUGCAGACUUCCCGCAAUUACGCCUCUGGUACGGGUCGCAAGAGUAACAAGCUGUUCUCGUCAGCCGGUCCCUCGAAAACUUCGCGGCUUGAGUCACGUCAGUAUGGCAUUGAGGGACUUAGCAUUGUGGAACCGUUUGAGGUGAUGCGCACCGUUGAGAUGGAAACAUGGACCGAACCGAGGGUUUCCCACCAGUCGGCCACAGGAGACGACCUGUCUUCAAGCCGUACCCGAGUGGCAACACCAACCACCCAUUUCGACUUGAAGAAUGAAACCACUGUCUACACCUCUCCGGGGAGUCACAGGUCGUCGGCGUCGCUCAAUCGGGAUAAACCUGGGUCGCCCUUUGGGGACGAACACCUCAUUUGA